AUGGAUAAAAAUUUUUGUAUCAUUGAAAUUGAAGAAAUUAAAGACGAAAAAUACAAACCCACCAAUAUCGACCAAUCAAUUAAGUUUGUAACCUCAAAAAACAUUUCGGAGGAUUAUAUAAACAAUAAUAAUUUCUUUAAUAUUAAGAAAAGUAUAAUUUCAUCGAGAAAUGAAAAAAAGGGCGAAGACAAAGUUCCUUAUUCCGAAACUAUUAACGACGUCCGAAAAGCCGAAUUGAAUUUCGCUAACAUUUCGUCACCUUUUGAAUUUAUAGAG